GAGGUGUACGUAAGCACGGAAAGAAGUAACGCGGGAUGCGAUUGUUUGUUUGGUAGUUGCGGUUCGGUUAUGAUAAUCAAUACAUGACGUGGAUUGAUCAUCACCGUGGAACCCAUCCAUUACCAUAGCACGUGACCUGAACUCACCACCACCACCCACCAGAUACAUACAACCGAAACUGAAACAGAAAGAAAGAAGAAGAAAACACCAUUAUCAUGACGAUGGUGAAUUUGCUGAAUGCGUUGACAGUGAGUCGGAUAUUGACUCGUGAUCACUUAUCUCUCGCCAAUGAAGGCAUACCUUUUGGAUCCGUAACAUGGAUCGCUUAUGUCGGCAUCUGUUGUUUUCUCGUAUGCUUUGCUGGUAUCAUGUCCGGUCUCACUCUUGGUCUCAUGUCUCUCAGUCUCGUCGACCUUGAAAUUCUUGAACGUAGUGGUUCUCCUUCUGAGAAAAAACAAGCCGCGAUCAUACUUCCCGUCGUUAAAAAACAACAUCAACUUCUUGUUACUCUGCUUCUCUGUAAUGCCGUUGCUAUGGAGGCUCUUCCUAUAUACCUAGAUAAACUCUUCAAUCAAUUUCUUGCUAUCAUUCUCUCUGUUACUUUCGUACUCUUUUUCGGUGAGGUUAUUCCGCAAGCAAUUUGUAGUAGAUAUGGUCUUGCCGUAGGUGCUAACUUUGCAUGGCUUGUGCGGAUCUUAAUGGUUAUAUGUUAUCCAGUUUCCUACCCAGUUGGAAAGGUUUUGGAUUAUCUAUUGGGGCAUGAUGAGGCUUUAUUCAGGCGUGCUCAGUUAAAAGCACUUGUCUCCAUUCAUGGAAAGGAGGCUGGGAAAGGGGGCGAGCUUACACAUGAUGAGACGACAAUUAUCAGUGGAGCACUUGAUUUGACCGAAAAGACUGCUGAGGAGGCUAUGACUCCUAUUGAAUCAACAUUUUCUUUAGAUGUUAAUUCAAAAUUGGACUGGGAGGCAAUGGGAAAAAUUCUUGCUCGUGGGCACAGCCGAGUUCCUGUCUAUUCUGGAAAUCACAAGAAUGUUAUUGGGCUUCUACUUGUCAAAAAUCUCCUUACUGUACGACCUGAAACUGAGACCCCUGUUAGCGCUGUAUCUAUCCGGAGAAUUCCACGGGUUCCAUCCGAUAUGCCUCUCUAUGAUAUACUGAAUGAGUUCCAAAAGGGAAGCAGUCAUAUGGCUGCUGUUGUUAAGGCUAAGGGAAAAGGCAAAGAAACUCCACAAAUAAUUGAUGAAGAGAAAUUUGAUGCAAAGAAAAGUGCUGGUGGGGAAUCACAGUUGACUACUCCAUUGCUACAAAAGCAGGAUGUAAAAUCAGAAAAUGUUGUUGUUGACAUUGACGAGCCUUCGAAGCUUCCCAUCAUUAAUAAGCAAACUGGUUUGCAGCGUAGUGAUGGCAUGUUAAACACUCCUUCCGAAAAUUUUGAAGAUGGCGAAGUGAUUGGUAUUAUCACUUUGGAAGAUGUAUUUGAAGAACUUCUACAAGAAGAAAUUGUAGAUGAGACAGAUGAAUAUGUUGACGUUCAUAAAAGAAUACGUGUUGCAGCAGCUGCCGCUGCUUCCUCAAUGGCACGAGCUCCAUCAGUCCGAAGGAUGACUGGCCAAAAGGGAGCGGGAGGCCAAAAUAAGCCAGGGCAAACUCCUAAGUUAUCUGGAGAAGAAAAUGGAUUGAAUUCCACUAGAUAACAAGGAACUCUGUGUUAAAUACCUUUAAAAUAUAUAGAGGUUGCUUUUUGUAUCAACUAUAUGAUGCUGGAAAAGAAGGCAUGGAGUGUAUUUAAGUAAUUUAAUCUUGUGUAUUAAUUUAAAACUUUCUUUUUUGAAAGUGCUUAAAUUCAUUUUUGUUCUAGUAGAAACUUUCUGACUUGAUGCUGCUUCCUGCUGCAAAUAUUAUGUUCGAACAAUUAUUUUAAUCGGUGCAUAAAAGAAACGUUUCCUACUUCAA